AUGAGUCGCCCUUAUCGCAAUUCCAAUAUGCUAAGCCAGCUGGAGCCUCCACCUGGUGGUAAUACUGUGCUCAUUUUCGGCUGCCAAUGUCUCUCGUUCAAUAUUGACGACUUCCAUCGUCUCCGGGCGACUGUCCUGGAAACACCAGAGCAUCGCUGGAUCCAAGAUGUCUUGUCGGAGCUGCCAGUAUACUAUCGAACAGCAUCCACUACAUAUGUCCAGAAACUGAAGAAUAUACCCGGGACACAGCAGCUUCGCAAUUUAGCUGAAUGGUUCCACACAGGAAAAGUGCCGACGGACAGCUUUCCAUUGCCGUAUAUCCAACUUGCCCCACUAUUAGUGAUAACUCAUUUCACGGAAUACUGGCAAUAUCUUCGCAUCAGGCACCAUAAAGGUCCAACAUCUGUCAAGGAGUCAUCGGCGGAAAGCCCGGUCGUGGAGAUCGUGGGGUUCUGUAUUGGGUUCCUAAGUGCUGCUGUUGUUUCUGCCGCUCGUAACCAGGAGCAAUUGUCGAAGUAUGCCGCUGUCGCUCUGAGGCUAGCGACAUUGAUGGGCGCUCUUGGCGAUGCGCAGGAGAGGGAAGAGGAGUAUACAUCGCUUGCAACGGUCUGGAAAGCUGCCGAGCUGGAGAACAGGUUGCCAUUAGUUUUGGAGGCAUUUCCGGAGUCAUAUGUUACGGUACGAUUCGACACCAACCGGGUUACUAUCAUGACACCGCGUCGGACUAUCAAGCAGCUGGAAAAUGAGUUGCAAUCAGCUGGAUUUAAUACAACCCAAGUCGAGUUCAAUGGCCGAUAUCACUGGGCUGGACAUGAGGAUACGCUGCAUGCACUGGGCCGAAUGUGCGAUAGCGAUCCAGCCUUGCAACUACCGGAUACCUCACAAUCAGUUGUUCCCACACGCCCCAAUAUACCGAUGGACACUCCUCCUAAAGGUCCUCUUCAUGAGUUAGUAUUAUGGUCAAUCCUAGCAAAGCAGUGCCAAUGGCUUGAUACAUUCUCAAAGGUGUACCGAGCUCACCUGGAAGAUACUGCAUCACUCAUCAUUGAAUUUGGACCAGAGCGAUGCAUCCCGCCUACGUAUAUGCGCAAGCUACAGGGACGCACCGUGCACUUUGCAGAUCUCGAUCUAAACACACUCUCGCGAACUCCACCUCUAUACCAGACACCACGGAGCUACGAUAGCGACAUUGCCGUAGUUGGCAUCGCCUGUCGCGUAGCGGGUGCGGAUGAUCUUGAGGAGUUUUGGAGAUUACUGUGUUCCGGGGCAUCACAGCAUCAAGAAAUGCCUCUAGAGCGUUAUAAGGACUAUGAGACCCCUUGGCGGCCGAGUGCCAUUCGACCUUGGUAUGGGAACUUUGUCCGGGACAUCGAUGCAUUCGAUCAUAAAUUCUUCAAAAAAGUGCCAAGGGAGGCAAUGUCCCAAGAUCCGCAGCAACGACUACUUUUGCAAGUCGCGUACCAGGCCGUGCAACAGUCCGGGUACUUCCAUCGGCCCAAUAUUAACAGGAAUAUCGGGUGCUACAUUGCAUCCUGCACGGUGGACUAUGAACACAAUGUCAAUUGUCACCCGGCUUCCGCAUAUUCUGCAACCGGGCUACUUCGGAGCUUCAUGGCUGGUAAACUGAGCCACUACUUCGGAUGGCGCGGUCCAGCAUUCUGUGUGGAUAGCGCAUGUUCCGGGUCCGCUGUCGCACUUCAUCAAGCUUGCCAAUCUAUAAUACGAGGAGAGUGUACAGCCGCGCUGGUCGGCGGUGCGAAUGCUAUAAUGAGUCCUUUGGCGUAUGACAAUCUUGCAGGAGCUUCAUUUGUGAGUCCCACAGGACCUUGUAAGCCAUUUGACGCAAGCGCGGAUGGAUAUUGCCGUGGGGAGGGCUUUGCUGCAAUCUUUAUUAAGAAGAUGUCGGAUGCCCUGGCAGAUGGUGACAUUGUCCUGGGAACAAUAGCUUCUACAGCCGUCGAGCAGAACAAUAACUGCACGCCAAUAGUAGUUCCCGAUGCAUCUUCUCUUGCUGGGUUAUUCACUCAGGUGACUAAAAAGGCGCACCUCCACCCUCGGGAUAUAUCGGUCGUUGAAGCUCAUGGAACCGGUACACAGGCUGGUGACCCUGCAGAGUACGUCAGCAUCAGGCAGACCCUUGCCGGGCCACGUCGCACUAGUCCAUUGUCCCUCGGAUCUGUUAAAGGCCUGGUCGGCCAUACUGAGGGUGUGUCCGGCCUGAUUGCGUUGGUGAAGAUCUUGUUGAUGAUAAACGAGGGCAUCAUUCCUCCGCAGCCGAACUUUCAAACUCUGAAUCCACAUAUUAAUGCAUCUCCGGAUGAUCAGAUACAUAUUGCAGUCACCCUCGAACAAUGGAGAGAAAACUUCCGUGCAGCACUGAUCAAUAAUUACGGUGCAUCGGGAUCGAAUGCAUCUAUGGUGAUCACGGAAGCCCCUUAUGCGUCCGAACAUAGGAUGUCCUCUUCCAUCCAUACUUUUACGGUCGCCCUUCCAAUCCUAAUAUGUGCUUCAGACGAGGGCCGACUAAGUGACUUCGCCAAACGGUUGCGCCAAUUCCUCCAUCACCAAGCAAUAUCUGCGGCGCCGGCUACAGAUUUGGGGAACCUAUCCUUUAACAUCUGUCGCCAGUCCAAUCCCACACUAGACUCACAGGUAGCCUUCACCUGCUGCUCGAAGUCGGAGCUUUCUUCCAAACUGUCCUCUAUUAUUGAUGGCGAAACAAGCCACAUUUUCAGGUUUAUCAAGAGUCCUCGAUCCAUCGUUCUGUGUUUCGGUGGCCAAGUCUCCACAUUUGUAGGCUUGGAUCGCACCGUAUAUGACUGUAUCUCGCUACUUCGUUAUUGGUUGGAUCAAUGUGAUUCCCUGGCACAGUCCUUUGGAUACGGUAGCCUUUUCCCUGGCAUCUUUGAGCACAACCCCAUUAUCGACCAAAUACAGUUACACAUCCAACUCUUUUCACUACAAUACUCUUGUGCCCGGUGCUGGAUUGAUUCGGGGCUAGCCGUUGAAGCUGUUGUUGGACACAGCUUUGGCGAAUUGACCGCACUAUGCAUAUCUGGCGCUUUAUCACUUGGCGAUACAAUCACACUGAUCGCUCGCCGUGCGGCUAUCAUUCGUGAUGGCUGGGGGCAUGACCAUGGCGCUAUGCUUGCAGUAGAAGGGAAUAAGGACGAUAUCAUGCGUCUCAUAGAUGAAGCAUGUCGCAAUACACCAACCAAUGUCGCUCCAGCAACGAUUGCUUGCUUCAAUGGCCCCAGCAGCUUCACGCUAGCUGGAACCACUGCUGCCAUUGAUGGCAUCCAAGCGACUCUCAAAACGCCGUCCUAUAUCAGCCUUAAGGCAAAAAGGUUAUUUGUUACGAAUGCCUUCCAUUCAGACUUAGUCGACCCUUUGUUGCCAGCCCUCGAGGAUGUUAUGUGUGGGAUACAUCCUCAGGAGCCAAUUAUCCCGUGCGAGAAGGCAACGGAGAAUGCGUGCACAGGUACAGUCACGUCCGACAUGGUUGCAAAGCAUCUCCGUCAGCCGGUCUACUUCCAUCACGCAGUACAGCGAUUGGCAGAGAAAUAUGGUCCGUGUGUCUGGUUAGAGGCCGGUUCCAAUUCCACGAUCACAUACAUGGUGAAUCGCGCACUUGUGCCCUCUUCAGGACAUCACUGUCAAGCUGUGAACAUCACGACUGAACGUGGUAUGCAAAGCUUAAGCGAUGCAACUGUCAGUCUCUGGAAGGCAAGCGUAUCAGUAGCCUUCUGGGGUCACCAUUCCCAACAGGCGCAAAAAUACGUCCCUAUGUUUCUACCACCGUAUCAAUUUGAGAAAAGCCGGCAUUGGUUGUCAAAUAAAAAGCUUCCUGGUCCUGCUCACGAAGCGGGCGCUACUCCGGCAGUUAGCGCGUCUGCUUUACGAUUUGUCGGAUACCAAGAUACCCAGCAACUAGUUGCCAGAUUCAGUAUCGACACUGCUCAUCCGCAGUACCAGGAGUCUAUCGCGGGGCAUGUCGUUUCACAUACUUCGCCAGUUGCGCCUGCAUCUUUCAUGCUAGACUACGUUGUCGAAGCACUCCGCAGCUUACCAGAAUGCAAAGGGAAGAUACCCCAGGUUCAGAACGUCACAAGCGAUGCGCCACUCUGCCUAGAUAUGUCCCGGGAUCUAUGGAUUGAGUUGUAUGCGCAGGAUACCCAUAAGCAUAUAUGGGAUCUAAGAUAUCUAAGCGAACAACUACAGAUUGGGCGAAGGUCACAAGUUCUCCACUGUUCUGCCAGAUUCACGAUGUUUGACCCAGAUGAUUCACAGAUACGGAGCGAAUUCACCAGGUACAGUCGCCUGGUGAGCCACCGCCAUUGCAAGGAGCUUUUGAAUGAUCCGAAUAUAAGUGACAUAAUCCAAGGGCGGAAUGUCUACCGGACAUUUGCUGAGAUUGUAGACUAUUCUGAGCCUUACCGCGGGGUGCAAAAGCUCGUCGGAAAGGAUAAUGAGUCAGCGGGUAGAGUAAUAAAGAGGUAUACCGGCCAGACAUGGGUGGAUACAUAUCUGUGUGACUCGUUUAGCCAGGUGGGUGGAUUCUGGGUCAACUGCAUGACAGACCGGGCGCCCUCCGAUAUGUAUCUAGCCAGUGGCAUGGAAAUGUGGAUGCGGUCGCCAAUAUACGCUGACCCUACUACCCCACGACCGGACACAUGGGAUAUACUCGCAAAGCACGAACGAGGAGAUGACUGCUAUACUAGUGAUAUCUUCGUGUUCAAUCCGACAACAGGACAGCUCGUAGAGGUCUUCUUGGGGAUGCAAUACACUCGAGUCAAAAAAGCGACAUAUUCUAAGAUUAUCGGCAAAUUCAUGCCACAAUGUGCGGCACAUUCAUCUGAUGUUAAUAAGCUUGAAACUGCAGUGCCGCACGCAGCCGUCCCUGUCCCGCAGGCUGCUAAAGCCAAGUCCGACAGCAGUGGGCCGAAAUCCAGAAUUAACCUUACAGCCCGUAUUAAGGAAGUUGUGGCCGAGUUCUGUGCCAUAGACCCGAGCGAAAUCACUGAGGACGGCAACAUGGCAGACGCUGGAGUGGAUUCUCUCAUGGCGAUGGAGCUUGCUCGUGAGAUGGAGGAGGCCUUCCACUGUACUUUGCCUGCCGCAGAUUUGAUGGAGGCAGACACAUUCCGGGACUUGGUCAAUUGCGUCAAGGGUGCCGUGGGAGAGUGCGAUAGUGACGAGCAUGAAAAUUCCAGCCGGAGUUCAGAGGAGAUAAGUUUCAAAGACAGGAGCCCUGAUGGGGAUUACAACACUCCCGACACCGAGCCCCCAACCAGUGUUGCAUCAGAUACCCUGGAUCUCGAGCUCCCCUUGGAGAGUGUGUUAGAGGCAUUUGGAGAGACCAAGGCGCUCACCGACCAUUUCCUAGCUGACAAUAAGUGCAGCGGUCGUAUACAUAUUUUUGCUCCGCUACAAAAUGAGCUGUGCGUUACAUUAACGCUAGAGGCAUUUGAGCAACUUGGUUCACACAUCCGGACUGCAUCGCGUGGCCAACGUCUCGACCGAAUACCGUUUGACCCACAGCAUCAGGAACUAACCAACUACCUUUACAAGAGACUUGAAGAAGCAAGGCUUGUUCACCUAGACGGCAAUACUGUUAUCCGCACAGCCAUAUCAGCCCCAAAUAAAUCUAGUCUCUCUAUUCUGGAGGAGAUUAAGUGCUCCUAUCCUGAGUAUGCUGGCGCCAGCAAACUAGCGUAUUUCACGGGCAGUAAGCUGGCUUCUGUGUUGUGCGGUGAACAAGACGGUCUCCAGUUGAUAUUUGGUACUAAAGAGGGUCAAGAACUGGUAUCAUGGAUGUAUGGCGAUGAGCCACACAAUGUUGUGGGGUAUAUGCAAAUGUUGGACUUCAUAAAACGGCUAAUACAGAAAGUCCCACGAACAGGAGCGGAGGCGGGAGCUCUAAAGAUUCUGGAGAUGGGAGCAGGUACUGGAGGUGGCACGAAAUGGUUCCUUCCCGUCCUAUCAAAGCUUGACAUUCCGGUCGAGUACACUUUCACCGACAUCUCACCAGCAUUUCUCGCGCAAGCUAGACGACGUUUCAAAGAGUAUUCGUUUGUGCAAUAUCGUAUUCAUGAUAUUGAGAAGCCCCCGCCCGAUGAUCUCGUGAGCACGCAGCACAUCAUUAUAGCCAGCAACGCCGUUCACGCCACAUCCAGUCUACAAGAGUCCACGCGAAACAUGCGGAAGGCCCUGCGGUCAGAUGGAGUGGUCCUAAUGUUGGAAAUGACGCGACCAGCGUUCGCAAUUGAUAUUGUCUUUGGCCUCUUUCGUGGGUGGUGGGUUUUCAACGAUGGUCGCAACCAUGCCAUUACCAACGAACACCGUUGGGAGACAGAUAUGCACACGGUCGGUUACGGCCAUGUAGACUGGACAGAUGGUCAUUCACCGGAGGUCAGUGUACAGAGAGUCAUCUUCGCCACAGCGACCGGGACACAAAGUGAACGCUUGCCGCUCGGCAAGCCUCUAGAAAAGGUGCACCCAGUACAAAAGGUAGACAACGCUUCGCGGAGGAAAGUGAUUGAUAAGUAUAUACGACGGAGUAUUGAGACUUUCACUCUGCCUGUGACUUCACAGAACGGCUUUGGGUCAGAUGGGCAGGUCGUACUAUUAACGGGGGCAACCGGUAGCCUCGGUAGCCAUAUUGUGGCGCAUCUCGCUCAACGACAGUCUGUAAAGACUAUAUUCUGUCUGAACCGGGGUAAUCCCAAUGAGGAGCCAUUCCAAAAACAGACGUCCGCACUCAAGAAGCGCGGGAUACCCCUAGCCACUCAUGAAAUGUGUAAAGUAAAGGCACUGACAGCAACUAUCUCUCAUCACAAACUGGGGCUUUCGUCAGAGCUAUAUGACACUCUCAAGACCACUGUGACCCAUAUCAUCCACAAUGCUUGGCCAAUGAAUGGGGGGUUGAAGCUAUCGGGCUUUGAGAAGCAAUUCGAAGCGAUGCGUCACCUAGUCGACCUCGCGAGCGACAUCGCAUGCCAUCUUCCCACAGAGUCAAAAGUUAGGUUUCAGUUUGUUUCCUCUAUUGCGACUGUCGGACAUUACCCCAUCGUUACCAGUCAGAAUAAUGUCCCAGAACAAUCAACAAACAUCGAGUUUGUGUUAUCCAAUGGAUAUGGUGAGGCGAAGUUUGUCUGCGAGCGAAUCCUCCAGGAGACUCUCCAGCGAUAUCCGAGUCGCUUCCAAGUUAUGGUAGUUCGUCCGGGCCAGAUCGCUGGAUCUUCUAGCAGUGGGUGCUGGAACACAGCAGAGCACUUCCCCGCUAUGGUCAAGUCAGCACAAACACUCAGGGCACUUCCGGAUCUGCAAGGAGAUCUUUCGUGGACACCUGUGAAUGAUAUCGCCGCCAGUAUAGUGGAGUUAUUGCUGACUGACAAUACACCUUAUCCGGUGUAUCACUUGGAUAACCCCAUCCGCCAACCUUGGCAUGACAUGAUACGCAUUUUGGCUAGUGAGCUUAGUAUUCCUACCGGUAAUAUUGUCCCCUUCUCUGAAUGGAUCCAACGAGUCCGCAGCUUCCCAGGAUCAAGAGAAGAUAAUCCAGCAGGUAUGAUGGCCGACUGGUUGGAAGAAAACUUUGAGCGUAUGUCAUGUAGCGGAGUUUUGUUGGAAACGACAAGAGCGAGGGAGCAUUCCUCGACUCUGGCUGGGGUCGGGCCGGUCAGUGAGGAGGUCACUCGGCGGUAUUUGCAUUGUUGGAAGCAGUGUGGAUUCUUGCACUAG